ACGCAUUCGUGCUCGAUUACAGCUGCGGUCAUGUCUGGCAGAGGCAAGGGCGGGAAGGGGCUCGGCAAGGGCGGCGCCAAGCGCCACCGCAAGGUGCUGCGCGACAACAUCCAGGGCAUCACCAAGCCGGCCAUCCGCCGCCUGGCGCGGCGCGGCGGCGUCAAGCGCAUCUCGGGGCUCAUCUACGAGGAGACGCGCGGCGUGCUCAAGGUCUUCCUGGAGAACGUCAUCCGCGACGCCGUCACCUACACCGAGCACGCCAAGAGGAAGACGGUCACGGCCAUGGACGUGGUCUACGCGCUCAAGCGCCAGGGACGCACCCUCUACGGCUUCGGCGGUUAAAGUUCUCUGACGUUAGGCUUGGCUUUUAAAACAACCCAAAGGCUCUUUUCAGAGCCACCCACUUAGCCUGGAAAAGAGCUGUGAUGCUAUCUGUUACUUGAAGAGACCGCCCACUGAAGCUGCUGUUACUAAGUAUUUUUUUUUUACAUUGUGUUACUAUUUUUCAAGUGUUUAUGGGAAUUACAAUGUUAUGCUUUGUUCUUCUCUAUUAAUAGUGAAGUUACUUAUAUCAUUUAAAAGGGGUUUGUUCACUCCUUAAAUUCCCUAGCAAACAUUGAGCACCCUGCUAAUAAAGUAUAUUAUCAAGAUGAA